UAAUCUGUUUCAGAACCCAUGUCCAGUCAAGGAUGCCUCUUUCCUGUCGAAGAUGCUCUUCUGGUGGUUUACUGGGCUGGUGGUUAAAGGUUAUCGUACCCCUCUGGAAGCUGGAGACCUGUGGAACCUGAGGGAAGAGGACACAUCGGACAAGAUCCUCUCUGAUCUGGAGGAGGAGUGGACAACAGAAUGUGCCAAACUGCAACAGCAGGAGAAAACCAUGGUGGCAGCCGUGGCGCUGGGCACCAGACUGCCCGACCAGGCCCAGAUACUCAGGAAGCUGCAGAAGGAGCAGAGCUCCGGCUUCUGCCUGCUGAGGACACUGGCCAGGAACUUGGGACCUUACUUCCUUACUGGGACGAUGUGCAUCAUCUUCCACGACUUCUUUAUGUUUGCCAUCCCUCAGGUGCUCAGUCUUCUUCUGGGCUUCAUGAACGAAGAAGACGCCCCUGUGGAAGGGCUACUUCACGCUACCCUGAUGUUCCUGCUGUCCUGUCUCCAGUCCCUGUUCAACCACCAGUACAUGUACACCUGCUUCACCGUGGGCAUGAGAGUGAAGACAGCCGUGAUGGGACUGGUCUACAGAAAGUCUUUGGUGAUCAACAGCGCAUCCAGGAGGACGUGCACAGUGGGGGAGAUCGUCAACCUGGUAUCAGCCGACACUCAGAAGCUCAUGGACUUUGUGGUUUACUUCAACGCAGUGUGGCUGGCUCCUAUCGAGAUCGCCCUCUGCCUCUUCUUCCUCUGGCAGCACCUAGGCCCAUCUGCGCUAGCCGGAAUUGCCACCGUCAUCCUCAUCUUCCCACUCAAUGGAUUCAUCGCCAAGAAAAGGAGCAAACUGCAGGAGGUACAGAUGAAGUUUAUGGAUGGGCGAAUCAAGCUGAUGAACGAGAUCCUGAACGGGAUCAAGAUCCUGAAGUUCUAUGCAUGGGAGAAGGCCUUUCUGGAGCAGGUCCUGGGAUACAGGGAGAAAGAACUGAAGGCCCUGAAGAAGUCCCAGAUCCUCUACUCCAUCUCCAUCGCCUCCUUCAACUCAUCCACUUUCCUG